CGGAAGUGGUUCACGUGAUCAUUUUACAUGUGUUUCUGCUGUUUUGUAAUGAAACCAUCCGUGACUCGCCUGUUUUCCUGCCAGAAUGCCCGCGAAAAGCAGAAAAAGUCUCUUGUGGUCUUCCUUUAGUGCCUCAUGACCUCUCAUGGUGUUACACUGAUGUUGUGCUUUAUUUAGAGUUAGAUUAUCUUGCCAGUUUGUAAAACUAAAAAAACAAAGACUUUUUACUACAGAAAAACUACAAUUUUACAAGGUCCAUCAACUGGCACAGGUUUUGUGCUUUAAAUUUUUGUCAGUUGCAGAAAAUAUGACUGGAGGUGUAAGGCCUGAUUAUCGGCUUAUAAUAUAGUAAGAAACAGAACUGGGAUAGAAAGCUCCAGUCAUACUAUUAGAUCUUCAUCGUACUAUCAGUAUGCUGGAAGAAAUUUAUGAAGCUGAAGAAGGAAGAGUUGAUUGACUAUUUUGGGCUACAUAUUAAAAAACGAAAUGAAAGACUUUGUUACAUGCAAAAGACCUGUACAGUUGUAUAGCACCAGCUCUACCUCAUGCAGUAGCAGCAGUAGCAGUUCAUUAUGCAGCUUAUUAUGGCAGUUUAACUUUAUAUGACUUGUGAAAUGUUGAUAAUUUAUUAAAAUUUGGUAUUAAUAAAAUGUCGUACAGAACAUGUUACAGAGAAUAUUGAUAAUGGCUACAGUACUAUCAGUCUAUCUAUGUUAUCUAGUUCUUGUGCAUACAAGCCCAGAGCUUGUAUCAAAUGUGAGAAUGGACAUGAACACAAGCAGUAUUGUCUAAGUAUUAAAGUGUUGUUUCUGAGCUUCUCUCUUUCUUGUUGACUUUGAGAAUCCCUCUCAGUAUUUAACAUGAGGCAGAUUCUUGGGAUAUCAACUUGCAUCUGUCAUCAAUGACUUCUUUCAGAGUUAAUAAUGACUUGUUCUCUCUGUUAUUUUUAUUGCCAUAGUUUGGAGGCAACAAAAGUAGAGGCAAAGUGAUGCAUUCCAAUGACGUAGCGUGUCACGGAUAGCUUCAAAUUUUCUACCGUUGCCAAUCCUCCCCUUCCUAUAUCUUUGGCCGGACAGAUAGCCACUUAGAGACAAUUAAAUCGGCCUGGGAACAAGGCUAAUCUAACACUGCAGCUAUUUAGAAUUAGCAAUGCAUGCUAGAAUAGAGUAAAACUAAGAAGUAGAGCUAUGUUAUUGUCACUCUUAUUUUUGUUUUUGCUGCAAAGAGCAGCUCAUUCUCAAUAUUUCUCCUAUGAUUAUGCUGAAACUUACCCGGACCCAGGACUGCAAGUGGACUCCACUGGGAGAACAUUCCUUGCUGCAGACAACUACCUGUAUAGACUGAAUGCUCAGCUAAUACAAGAGGAGAGAGUUGAUCUAGGAGAUACUGUCAUUGACGAAGGACUUUCCCUGAGCUCUACUGGGAUGUUGGUGGUGUGUUUAAAUGAUCUCUCUUGCUCUGUCUACAAUGCAAGUAACCUCAUUGCUGGUCCUAUCAGGAGUGUCAGUAAUGCUAUAGGAAGUUUGGAAGUAGCUAUCAUUGCGUCAAGAGACACUUUCUACACUGGAGAAUACAAAUUGAAUUAUGGGAUGGUACUGAAACAAUUCGGAGAAGGUUUCAAUAGAUCGUCUGACAACAAUCCAUCAGGCGAACUCAAUGAAUUUGUUAUAGAAGUUAUUAACUUUUCACGAGACUUCUAUGCAUAUGGUGGUUUUGUGAGUGGUGGAUUUGCCUAUUACGUUGUCGUCGACUCUGAUCCUAUUAGUGCACGAGCUAUAAGACUGUUACGUAUUUGCAACAUGCCUGGUUGUGGAGGCCCAAGUACCUGUGGAGUGACUGCUUUGUAUGAACUGGGAAUCAAUUGUGGCUUUUAUACGAUCAAUGGAGAAACUCAUGUGUGUGCAGUGUCAUUAGUGGAGGACUUCAGUGGGAUAUCUGGACCCACUGCUGUUAUAAAUCUUUGCCACGGUGGUACUAACUCUAUUUGUGUGGUCAAUAUCACUGCUGUCAAUGAAGCUAUGGACGCUAAAUAUGACUCUUGUAUUGUGUCACGGACUGUUGGAGAAAAAGUUGGCUUACCAUGGAGAACAGGCUCAGAUAACUGCGAUACUCUGCCUCAGCCUCAGGAAACAAGGAACAGAUGUGACACACCCAGUCCAGUCGGCCUUCUUAUCCCAAAUGGUGGUAUUGACAUAAUAGCACCAGUUCGUAUCGACUUUGGAGAGAGUUUUAUCUCCAUAGCUUCAGUAGCUGUGAAAGUGGAGCAUUUUUCCUUUGUGUUUGUGGCAACUGAUGAGCCCAUUAUAAGAGGAUACGAUGUCAGUGGUACAUCGACUCUGGGCCCCGAUAGUGCAUUCUACAAUCAGCAAUUGGCCUCUCGUGUAUUACAUUUGUCAUGGCACGAGGGUCUAAACUACAUCACAGCAGCCACUAGAAACUCUGUGUUCCAAAUACCGAUUGAAGAGUGCUUCCAGCGUUUAGACUGUACUAGUUGUACCAGUGACCUCAACCCGCUGUGUGGGUGGUGUGUGGUGGAGAAAAAGUGCUCUCGUCAGACGCAGUGUCAGAACUCCAGUAUUUCUAGUAGAUGGACACAGGACAAUGCCAACUGUUUUACUGCUGCUACUGUGGAGCCUAUGCAACUUGUGCUUGACCCUGAGAUUCUUGCCACUGAGCUCACAGUGACCCUGACCUCUCCCGGCCUGCCUAACCUCCUUCCUGGAGAGAGCUUCUACUGUCAUCUGGCGGACAGUGAAGGACGUUUCCCACCCAUCAUAGUACCAGCUGUUGAGGUCACCCCAGGAACAGUGUUCAGUUGUGAUAUUGAAGGACUGGUACCUGACUACCCUGGAGUGACUGCAACCAUCAACCUGGGCUUUCAGAGCUCCCUGUUCAAUGAGCCAUUUGAUAUCACCAACCAAGCGCUUACCAUCUACAGGUGCUCAGCAGGAGAAAGCUGUAAGAAUUGUCUUGGGAUAAAUAAUCCGUGUGGAUGGUGUAACCUCAACAAGCAAUGCAGUGGAACAUCAGCUCCUUGCAGGAAUGUAUCUCACUUCCUACAGGUGUUUGCAGGCAACGACUUCACUGCCGAGUGCCCCUUGUUGGACACGCCCCCCUCUGGUGGGUACACUCAACCAGUAAGGGUGGCCCAGGACCUUCGACUGACCACCAGGAACCUCAUCUCCCCUACAGAUGGCUUUGAGUACUAUUGUGUUGUGAAUGGAGUUAGUCUGACAGCUCAGUAUGAGAACGAGAGCUCCAUCCUGUGUACAGUGGGCAGUGGACAAUUCGGCACACUUUCUCCUGGUGUUGGAAGUUUCCUUGUGGUUGUUAUGGUAACCUGGACGGGGAAUGAUAUCAACCAAACACUGAGCAACACCAUGUCAGUGACGUUGUAUGAUUGUCGUGACUUGGCCAGUGGAUAUUUGGAAUGUAUUGCAGUCAGAAUGGGGUCAGAGUUCGCAUGUGGGUGGUGUGGAGGUAGUUGUGAGGUGAGGCAAGAGUGCUCCAAUACUUUCAUUACUGAGGCGGACAAUCCUCCUGCCCCUGUCAUCAACUCAUUCACUCCAAUGUCGGGACCAGUUGAGGGUGGUACAGCAAUCACUUUGAGGGGUACUGACUUCGGAGGAACUUUUGUCGACGUUCAGAACUCCAUUCUUACAUUAGGAGGCGUGGCUUGCACUCCCCUCAUCACUGGUUACAUACCAUGGCACCAGUUUGUCUGUGAGACCACACAUUUUUUAACAGAAGGGUCAAAAGACUUCUCUCUGACCAUUGACUCUAGAGUAGCAUUUGUAAACGGUGGCUCCUUCACUACGGUGGAUCCUACUGUCAGCAGUGUGUCUCCGACCUUUGGACCCAUGGCCGGGGGAACUAAAGUAGUUGUGAGGGGGUCUGCACUGAACGUGGGUAACCAGGAGGACACUAGAGUCUCUCUAGAGGUCAGCGAGUCAAACUACGUCUGCAAAAUAUCAUCUAUCGAGUCUCAAGAGAUUUGUUGCAGUACCUCAGCAGCAAACCUCACCUCCACUGCUUUGGUGGUGGUUUCCAUUGAUGCUGCCAGAGUCAGCAAUCCAGGAGUGGUCUUCAGUUAUCGUAACAAUCCUAAUGUGACUGCUGUGUUUCCUAGCAACACCAUUCCUAGUGGAGGCAUCACACUGACCUUUACUGGACUGGACUUGGACGUAGUACAGCAGCAUGUGUUGGAGGUAUACCAGCCAAUGGGGGAUCCUCUGAGGAGCAACUGCAGUGUUGUGGACAAUACGACCAUCAUAUGCUUGACUCCUAGUCUGACAACAACCUCACUCACCCCAUUGGACUAUGCCCUACUGUUUGAUGAUGUCCCACUCAUUACACAAGCACACCUCCUCAUCAGUGUCCAAUCAGAUCCUUCUCAAUUUAGACUAGAUAGUUUUCAAGAGGUCACCAGUGGCACAGAGACGCUCAUACGCAUUGUGGGUGAUAAUCUUGACUCAGUAGAGACCAGUGAGAUAAGAGUGAUCGUGGGAGGGGAGGAGUGUACUACGACAAGUAGUUUAAGAGGAAACGAAAUCAUCUGUAUCGCCCCCUUGGAGCCCCCGGGAGGAGAAAACUCAGCCAUCAUUCAAGUGAACGUUGGGAGCAACAUCUCUCAAGUAUUGGACCAGCAACUGACUUACACAAGUCCUGUGGCUGCUGCAGUUCCACUGGAGAUCAUCAUCCCGAGUGUUUUGGGGGUUAUUGUGAUGAUCGUGUGUGUAAUGCUGACCAUUUUUGUCUGUGUCUAUCUGAACUCUCGGAGGAAGACCGUGUCAAUUGCUAUGCAUGAGCAGCAGAUGAUGGAAAUCGUGGCUAAUACGAGAACACAGGAGGACAUAUUUCCUAUGGAUGGCAAUACAGCACUCAUUAAAUCAGAACUUGUUGAGAUUGCUGAGUCCAUCCCAGACUCAAUCAAAAUUCCAGCCUCCAUAUUGAAGCUCUCCAAUACUGCAAUUGGACAAGGUGAAUUUGGCGUUGUGUACAAGGGAGUCCUGACAGACUGGAACAAUGUACCUAUUCAAGGGGUGGCCGUGAAGACACUGAAAGGUCUGUUCUCAUUGUCGGAUGUUCAGAGCAUGGUGUGUGAGGUGAACAAGAUGCAGGACUUUGACCAUCCUCACGUCAUGUCCCUGAUUGGGGUGUGUCUCGAUGCUGGCCCCGGCAUUGCCAUAGUGAUGCCAUAUAUGGCCAACGGGAGUGUUAUUGGAUAUCUCAAGAGAGAAAGGAGCAGCCUUGAGUUGGAUGAUGACUGUGAGAUUGAUCAGAUUUUGGAAGUGAGGAAACUGCUACUAAAGAUGUGCCAUCAGAUAGCACUGGGAAUGGCCUACUUGGCCGAGCAGAACUUUGUCCAUCGCGACCUUGCGGCCAGAAACUGCAUGCUGGACUCGGGAGGAGGUAUCAGGGUGGGGGACUUUGGUCUGGCUGAGGACGUCUAUGCUAGCGGCUACUUCAGACAGAACGACCGAGCCAAUGUGAAGCUGCCCUACAAAUGGAUGGCCUUGGAGAGUCUCAACGAUGCCAUCUUCACAGAGAAAACUGAUGUGUGGUCAUAUGGUGUGACUGUGUGGGAGGUCUUCAAUGGAGGAAAGACUCCCUACCCUGCCGUGGACCCACACUCCCUCAUCCAGCUGCUGGGAGAGGGGCAGAGACUAAAGAGACCUCUCAAUGCAGCCUGUGCCAUUGAGAUUUCUAAACUGAUGCGUCAGUGUUGGAGGGAGGAUCCAGAGGAGAGGCCAACCUUCUCACAACUGUCCUCCAUUGUGGAGAGGCUACUGACAUCCAUUGCUGGCUACACUGAGCUCGGUAUGGUGCUACUGAACCCAAUUCAAGAAGCAGAGCAGCUCAAUUGUGAUAAUUUACCCACACCCACUGAAGACGCUCAUCGCUAUGUAGAUGGUCGACUAGAUCACCCUCUAUAGCAUUCGAAAACAGAAUGUACAAAGAAGAAUUUACUGCAACAGAUAAUUAAUCAAUGCUUAUACGUAGCUCAUGAGGUUAAAGUCGAAUUGCUGUUCCCUGCAUGUACAGUAUAAAUGUAGUGAACUGUAACCAGCUGCUUUUAAUUAGCAUCAUAAUAGUAUAUACAUGUAUAGUAUUAUCGUAGCCUAUUAUUGUUUUUACACAU